GAAAACCACCAUGCCCUUUCUUUUCUCCCUGCUUUUAUCUCUCUUUUUACAGAUUACAGCAUCAAAUGAGAGAAAUUAAAAUACAGUUCUAGCUUGGAAGGGGACAUGCCUUAGAUUUGCUAUGAGCUUGGUUUAAGUUACGUAGGAGCUUAAUUAUGUGCUUUCCUGCAAUGAUGCAAGGAAAUUGCCUUUCACUAACCAAGAAAGGGCAGUCUACUUGAGUUUAUAUGCUGAUAUUCGAAUUGUUCUACCACAAAAUUGCUUCCUUGUUAGUUUAAAUUACUUGCACUUCAAAAAGGUUGUCCUGCAUUGCAUGUGUGUCUUGGUUGUAUGAAAAAGCUGGUGUGAUUUUUUCAUUUUGUGGGAGCUUGUUUGUAGGAUUACUUAAGUGUAGGUCAUCUUUUCUCCUGUUAGCUGGCGGCAGAUCUUGGAGUAUCAGAGAAGUAGGUGUUUCUUUCUCUAAUUUCCUCCCUCAAAGGGAUGGAUUUCAGGAAGCAUGGACACACAGCAGAACACAGAAAAUGUCAAGACACUCAUCUAAUCACACAAUCUCUCCCUCUGUCUGGAUGAUGAGGUUAGGUAAGGUAAGUGAGUGUGGAAAGAGGCAGAAAGAGGGAAUUUUUGAGCCAUGGCAGAUCACGAGGAGAAGAAGCACGAGGAGAAGAAGCACGAGGAAUCGUCGUUGAUGGAGAAGAUACCUGAUAAGAUCCAUGAGAAGAUCCACGACCAUGAUUCGUCUUCGUCGUCGGAUUCCGAUGACGAGAAAUUGUCUCCGUCGUUCGUCAAGUCCAAAAUCUACCGUCUCUUCGGCAGAGAAAGGCCUGUGCACAAAAUUCUCGGCGGUGGCAAACCUGCUGAUGUUUUCCUGUGGAGGAACAAGAAGAUAUCUGCUGGAGUCCUUGGUGUUGCAACAGCAAUAUGGGUUCUGUUUGAAUUGCUUGAAUACCACCUUCUUACCUUGGUAUGCCACUGUUUGAUAGUUGCACUUGCAAUACUCUUCUUGUGGGCAAAUGCUACUCUGUUCAUCAACAAGUCACCUCCACGCAUCCCAGAGGUUCGCAUCCCUAAUGAGCCAGUCCUACAGUUUGCAGCUGCUCUGAGGUUUGAGAUUAAUCGGGCUUUUGCUGUCUUGCGUGAUAUUGCAUCAGGAAGAGAUCUCAAGAAGUUCCUCUCUGUGAUUGCAGGCUUGUGGGUCCUGUCUAUUGUUGGGAGCUGUUGCAAUUUCCUGACCUUGUUCUACAUAGUUUUUGUACUGCUUUAUACGGUGCCUGUGAUUUAUGAGAAGUAUGAGGACAAGAUUGACCCAUUUUCUGAGAAAGCUAUGGCUGAGAUCAAGAAGCUGUAUGCAGUUUUCGAUGCUAAGGUCUUAAGUAAGAUCCCAAGGGGGCCAUUGAAGGACAAAAAGAAGGCUUAAUGUUGCGCGGAUUCUGACAUACAUUUGGUGGUAGCUGUGUUUUUUGUGAGUUGUUGUGAAGUUAGAACCCCUUAUCUUUUGUUUGUACUCACAGUGUUGGUGAAUAUGGAUUAUUUCCUAUUCUUGUUUUCCUAGUUACAUGGUGGCCGUACGGUGGAUGUUGGUGUUAUGAAAGAUGUGAUAAUGUCACAUUGCAUGUUAUUUAAUAGUAUAUUUUACAUUUGGUCUCGUGUUCGUGCUUGGUUAUCACCUA